AUGGAGGAUGGCUAUCACGCAACCACAAAUGUGGCGCCGACGACGCAGCACCCGGUGCUGCACGCGCAAGGCGGUGGCGCAGACGCCAAGCUCAUUCUCGAGCCAAUGCGCUGGGGUCUGCUGCCGGCGUCGACCAAAAGCAUCCCACGCGGCGCAGACACGAUCAAGACGAUCAAUGCGCGAGCCGACACCAUCCUCAGCGGCCAGGGCAUCUGGGCGCCUCUGUUUCGUCGUGGCAAGCGCUGUGUCGUCUGGGCGCAGGGAUGGUACGAGGUGAGAUACGCGCAUGCUGCGCCACGCAGCGCCGCGCUGACACAUGCAUCACAGUGGCAGGUCACGCCGUCGGCGCGUCUGGCGCACUUUACGGCCAGCGGCGAUGGCCGCGAGAUGGUGCCGCUAGCUGGGCUCUGGGAAGAGUGCACACUAGAGAACGGCGAGCGGCUGCGCUCCUUCACCAUCUGCACGACAGAGAUCAACAAGCAGCUCGACUUUCUUCACACGCGCAUGCCAGUCGUUCUACCCGACCUCGAGUCGCUGCAGAUCUGGCUCGGGCUGGUGCCAGCGCCGCUCGAGCGCGUCGGGCGUCUCCUGCGGCCGUACGAGCAUCCGCUGGAAUGCUAUCGCGUUCCCGGCGAGGUGGGCAGGACCGGCACGGACGACGAGAAAUUCUUGCAUCCCAUUACCGAGCGCAAGGACGGCAUCGCGCAGGCGUUUGGCCGU